AUGGAUAACAGGACAGAAGUGACACAGUUCAUCCUCCUAGGACUAACCAAUAUCCCAGAAUUGCAGAUGCCCCUCUUCAUACUGUUCACUCUCGUUUACCUUAUCAGUGUGGUUGGAAACCUGGGGAUGGUCCUACUAAUUCUCAUGGACUCUCAUCUACACAGUCCUAUGUAUUAUUUUCUCAGUAACCUGUCUCUUGUAGACUUGUGUUACUCUUCAGCUGUCACUCCCACAGUCAUGGCUGGGUUUGUUACAGUAGACAGGGUCAUCUCCUACAAUGCAUGUGCUGCUCAGAUGUUCUUUUUCGCAGUCUUUGCCACUGUGGAAAAUUAUCUUUUGGCAUCUAUGGCUUAUGACCGCUAUGCAGCAGUGUGUAAACCUCUGCAUUACACCACCACCAUGACGAUGAGUGUGUGUGCACGUCUGAUCAUAGGCUGUUAUGUCUGUGGUUUCCUGAAUGCCUCCAUCCACAUUGGCGACACAUUCCAUCUCUCUUUCUGUAUGUCCAAUGUGGUCCAUCACUUUUUCUGUGAUAUUCCAGCAGUCAUAGCUCUGUCUUGUUCUGAUAGGCACGUGAGUGAGCUGGUUCUUAUUUAUAUAUCCAGCUUCAACAUCUUUUUUGCUCUCCUGGUUAUCUUCAUAUCUUAUCUCCUCAUAUUUAUCACCAUUCUAAAGAUGCAGUCAUCUUCAGGAUACCAGAAGGCUUUAUCCACCUGUGCCUCCCACCUCACUGCAGUCUCCAUCUUCUAUGGGACAGUUGUCAUCAUGUACUUACAGCCCAGCUCCAGCCAUUCCAUGGACACAGACAAAAUGGUGUCUGUGUUCUAUAGUAUGAUCAUCCCCAUGCUUAAUCCUCUGGUCUACAGCCUGAGGAACAAGGAGGUCAAGAGUGCUUUCAAGAAGGUUCUGUUGCAGGCAAAAUUGUCUCUAGGUUUAGGAAUGCUGUAG